UUGAUAUAUCUAUCAAUUUUAAACACCUGCCAUCCAGAGAUGUGGUUGGGACAUAUCAAAGAGAAAAACAUACACAGAUUCAUCAACCAAAAGCUGAAUAAGUCACUUGAGGGCAUGCACACUUACUGUAAAUAACCAUAGCUGCACCUGAAGUGUAAUGGAACCUCCUUGAAGAAGAAAUAUUAUUAACAUUUCCAGUAAGAGUGGCCAAAGGCACCAGAAAGGCCUGUUGAAGUGAGAUGGCAGCUGGUAUCUCCUUCCAAGCAACAAGCAAUCGAGCAAGAGGAAGUGGCCUCAAGAUGUGCCAGGGGAGGUUUAGAUUGGAUAUUAGGAAAAAUUUCUUCACAGAAAAGAUUGUCAAGCAUUGGAACAGGCUGCUCAGGGAAGUUAUUCACUUCCCAUCCCUAGAGGAAUUUAAAAGACCUGUGGUAGAUAUGGAACUCAGGGAUGUGGUUCAGUGGUGGAUUUAGCAGUGUUAGAUUUACAACUGGAGUCUAUGAUCUUACACACCUUUACCAACCUGAAUGAUUCUGUGAUUUGAUGCUCCUAAAUUCUCAGGACUACAUUCAGAAGAGUCUGAAGGACAGGACUAAGAAAAACCCUCCCACUGCCAGCAUAAGCUCUUCCUUCUUCCCUCCCUGUUGCCCAGACACCUGCAAGCAGCUCAUUCCCACACGGGUUUACAUUUCCUGCCAUCUAUACAGAUCGUUCUCACAGAGCUGCAAAGAGCAAGACUGUGCUCCUUCCUGUGGCAAUUAUUCGAUUAUUGCAUGUGAAUAAACCUGACUCUACAGAUAGAUAUCAACUGCAGAGGGAUGUAAACAGAAAAAGAGACUUCUUUCCUCCUAAUGAAUUUAGAGACUUCUUCUGACCUCAGUCAGCAUAACUUUCUUGGGUGUAAAAGAGUUUUUCAAGCUGAUGAAUUCACUGUGUGAUUUUUUCUGGAAACAUGGAAAUUUCAUUUUCUCCAGUGCUGGGCUACCUGAUGAGAAGAGGACAUCACCUGCUUACCAGCCUGGCAGUAGUGUGGAUAUCACAGCAGCCUCAUCAAGCCAGCUUCAACUGAGCCAUCACCUGUCAUCUCUACUGUGACAGGGCAGGUCCACUGUUAAAAAGAUGCACUUACAGAGACUUUUCUCACAGAGAGAGUGGCCUACAUUUUCAAACUCACUGCCAAGGAUCAGUGGCUCUCCAUCUCCACCACCUACAGAAAUGCAUCCAAAGCACUAUUUCAUCUUAAUUUUCCCACAAAAGACCCUCUCAAGUAUGUCAGGACUCUCACCCAUAUUCAGAAAGGGCCAGCAGUAACUUUUAAGUGCACUCCUGUCACGAGAGCUUCAAAGGAAAAUAUUUGUGCAUUUACUUCCAGGUACCACAGUUACGGAUGAGCUUAGGCCACAUAAAGGAAUUAAAUGUAAUGCCCUAGGAGAAGUUAGAUGCUGUUUCUGACUGAAUGGCUUCAAGAGUGUGUGCAAGUGUUCUAAUCUAUGAGAGAAGUGAAAUAGGAAGUAUCUGAAUGUGUUCAGUAGCAUUUUUUUUCUCAAAGCAUAAAGUUUUUAUUCUCUUGGUUUGAUGAUAUUUGACUCCUGGCACCAGCCUGUCCCUUCCAUAUGGUAUCAGGUAUGACUGCAAUAAAAGAAUCAAAACUCUACAGAAAUCUCAAAAGGCAUUAAUAUGUUUGCUUGGUCAAACUAUGGAGUCUCAAAGCAAGAAGGAAGCCAAGACAAACAGGAAUAUAUUGCUUAAAUCAAGACGUGGGCAGGUACUGAACUUCCUUUCUUCAUUAUUUCUAAUCAGUUUAAGAGCAUGAUUCAUUUGUUAAACUUCAUUCUGUACAAGUGGGGAGAAAAAAAAAGUGAAUUACCCAUUGAAUGCACAAUAGAAUAAUGAAAGGAAGCUGCAGGUACUUCAUGCUUUUGAAAAUUAUUCACUCUUCAAGAAAAUGCAUAGAGACAUAUUUAUGUCCAUCUCUGUUAAGGAAAACACACACAUUUAUGUCUGAAGAUUUUCUUGGAUGAGGUCCAAAGAGAAAAUUUCAGAUAAGCCUGGCUGGAGGACUGUUCCCACCUCUGCAUCACUGGACCAGACUAUAUAUAUUAAGAAGUAAUCACAUAGUCUUUCAAGCAGAAGACACUGUCUGAGACUACACUUCAGUGCCCCAAGUGAUGAACAUUUUGCUGAGCUUCCUGUAACGCAAUUACACUGCAAAUCAGAUAGCUAUCACAAGAUAAAUCUAAUACUCAACAGAAAAUUGAAAAUAUUUCUUGAUUAGGUGCAGCUGACCUAUAAGACAGCCUUUGAACUUUUAAUUAAUAUCUUUAAAGGAAGGAGGGUUUUGCACAUGAAAGGGCAACUCCUUAAAAUUAUUUUGCAAUUGAUAAAAUGAACAGUUCAAGAAUUUUCUGCCUCAACUGACCUGUGGUGGCAAUCACUUGGGUAAUCUACAUCUGCUCUCUUAUGGGAAGUCUGCAAAACCAACUUACAAAAAGAAAUAAAAAAUAUUGCAGAGAAAACAAGGAGAAAAAAGAAUUGCAAGUUCCCCCAAAUUCAGUACCUUUUAUAUAACACAUGUUUACAAGUGACUUUUGAUGCACCAGCAUUAACUUAAAAAACCAAGAAUGCAUGUAUUAUGUCAAUGUUUUGAGAAAUGGUAUGGGUGUUAAUGUUAAUGAGAAAAAGCAACAUUUAUUGUGAAAUAAAAACAUCUGUCUCAUUAGGAAUAACAUAGUAAAUUAUGUCUACUAUGUAUACACGUUAAAGAUUUUUUGUUAGAUAGUAUUACUCAGGCUUUCUACUGCAUCUUUUCUACCUAAGAGCAGAAGACUCUAUUUUGCUUCUGUUAAAAUCGGAAAUUUGCUUCAGUUGUAAAUUUCAGAUUUUCACCACUUAUAUUAAUGAAAAUAUGAGCCAUAUAAGAAUGGUAAACACCUGGCAACUAAGUUUUACCUUUGAAUUAGUAAGAAAUAACUACCUUACCAUAGUGAGAUUUAUUUGCACUGUCAGUAGUUUAAAUUGUCUAGGAAUAAAAGAUUUUCCUUCUAUAGAUCUUCUCCACAAAAAGAAGAUUAAUAAAGUAACAAACCAUGUGCUUUUUCUUUCCACUGAAACAAUUAUGAAAAAUUUAGCUGCAUUUUUAUGAGUAUUGUUAAGUAUAUUAAUUAUGCUUAUUCUCAUGAAUAGGGAAAUCAAUACUAUUAAUUGAAAAAUUAUUUGUAUUCCAUUUGAUGCUACAAUUAUUUGAAAUUAUUGUGACAUAUUAGUUCAAUUGUACUUUCAUUCAAUUCAGGAAACUUAAUUAAGUUACUAUCAACAGUAAAACAGGGUGAACAGCUAUUAAAAAUAUAGUCAAACUUGGAGCAUGCAAAGAGCAUCAAGUCUAAAUAGAUACAAUGACCUAUUUUUGAUUUAAAAAGUUGAACAACUUUAAAAAGUGUCCAGAGAAGAAAGGUGUCUAGAUGAUUAAGAUAUUGUUCAGGAGCUACUUUGAAAAUCUGUCACAUAAAUAUUCUCUCACAGGCAAUUAAAAUCUUUAUAAAUUCUUCCUUUAAUUCACUAAAACCACUUCUCCUUUGAGAAGACAUAUUUAAUGCCAUACUAGAAAUUCAUAUACCAUCCCUUAGAAAAAAUCUGUAAUUUUGGGCAGGUUCUUUCAUCACAUGAGACCGCGGAAAGUUUCCCAAGAUUCCUCACAUCACACAAGACACUCAAUGAAAAAGACAAGAAAUGCCUCUCCAAAGUCACACCAAGAAAAAUAGAUCUGAGAUGAGUCUCAUCCCCACAUAUAAUGCUCAUUGCAUGGGUUUUGUGAAAGGACAAAAAAUUACAGCAAAAAAUAAUUAUUAAAAAAACCCUCUUAACUCAGGUCUUGCUUUAAGAGGAGGAAGAUUCUGUUUUCAAAGGUUGUAGAUUAAUUUGAAGUUCCGAUACUAACCUACUAUCCACCUUCCUAAACACAAUACCUACUCUCAUUUAAGAAAUAAACCUUAUGACAAAUAGAAGAAAGAGCACAUGCAUGAACUUUCCCUGAUUCAGUUCUUGAUGACUUUUCUCAAAGCAAGACUUCUGCAGUCUUCUUUACAGAAAGCUGUGGAUCUAUUUUGAUUUUUAUAGAAAAUUAGUCACUUCCCCUGGAUCACCAUUCUUGAGUCAGAAAGGAAGGCCAGUACAAAUGAGAAAAUUUAGUAGACCAAGCCUCAAAAAAUAAGCGUAAACCAGAAUUUUACUAAGGUAAGCAUAAGCAUUCCUGAUACUUAUCUACUGAAAAUCCUGAGGUGGAAAAUAAUUCUCCAGCAAUAAUAAGAACAAAAAACACCACCACAACAACAAAAAAAUAAAAACCCACUCCCCCAUCAAAAAGGAAUAACAACAACAACAAAAAGCCAAACUAACAAAAACCAAGUAAAAUAUAGAAGUUAGAUGUUAUUUAGUGCCCAUGACAGGAUUCCAGGAGAGGUCUGCUGUCCAUGAACAACACCAGGAAAGAGGAGGAAUGAAGCACAGCUGAGCAUUUAAUCUUUUCUACCAAUCACAAAGAAGAUGACAAAGGUUGCAAUGAUUGUGUCAUCUCCACUGCUCUGGUACACAACAACUGAGAUAGAACAAGAAAAUUCUGGAUGUGACCAUAAACAUCUAUAAGCACAGCUAAGGGAAAAGCAGAUAUCUGCACCUGGUGCAGAACAAUCCCAUGUAUCCAUUCAGGCUGGGAACCCACUGUUUGGGUUGCAGGCCUAGCAAAAAGGGUGUUUCUGUGGACACAGCAGGUUGAGCAAGCCAACAGCAUGCUUUUAUCAGAAAUAAGGCAAGCAGCAAGCAACUACACUAGAAGACUGGGACUGGCAGGCUGAAAAAGUUUUCUUCUCUACUCAGCGUGGCCUCACACACUAGGGCAGUCAGUUGUGAUCCUUCCCAGCUGAACAGGGAUGUGAAGAAGACAGAGGCAAUGCUAGAGAGCAACCAUGAUAUUCUGGAGCCUUGAGCUUUUGUCUUGGAGCCGUUGAUGGAGCUGAGCAUGUUUGGUCUGACAGAAGGGUGAUCUAACCGGUGACCCAGUAGCAGCCUACAUCUACUUGAAGGUAAAUCAUAAUGAUAAAGAAGCCAAAAUCUCCUCAGCAGUGACAGAACAUAUAUAAAGGGACAAGGACCAUAAAUUGCCACUUGGGAGGUUCAGGGUGGCUCUUCCAGUCUUCCCUCCCCUUGUCAACCCCCCCUCUUUUUUCAACAGGCAGGUGUUGCAGACCUGCAGGUUAUUCAGCAAGGUGGGGGGACCUUCAUCCAGGGAAAUAUAAGACCUGUCUAGACAAAGCCGUCUCAAACGACUGGGAAGAGUGUAUCUCCCAGCUGGACUGGGUAACUCUCUAAGGUUCCUUCAAAACAAUGUGUAGGUGAGAAAUAUGCACAUGUAUAGAAUCACAGACUGCUUCAAAUGCAGCAAAUCACUGCAGAUUUAUACUGAAGGGCAUCUAAAUGUCCACUUCAAUUCAUUGUACCUGAAAGAAAGUGCCAACUAAGGUUUGUGCGCUACAGUUAAAGAGUUUCAAAUUUGUAUCUCCUCAGUACCCAACAUGACUUGAUUUGCUACAUAUUUGUGUUGUCAACACUAUUUAUUAAUUGUAAAUAUAAUGUUGUUAUUUGUUUUUACAAACAUAUAGAAAUAUAUUGUUACCCUAACAGCACCAGAUCUUGACUCUGAAAUAGUGCCUGAAAAGAUGAAAGCUGUAGAGUUACCCAUAAAGCACCUGGAGCUAGUUCAUUAGUUGCCAGAAGAGGGAAAAAAAAAAAGAUAUAAAAUCAUUUCUCCUACUUUCAAUAGCAUGAGAACAAGCAAGUCCUUUGGGUGUUGCACAUGACUGGUUUUCUAAUCAGAAUAUGGAACCUCCAUUAUUAUAGCAAGGGCUCUGUUAGCUCACAUGCAAAGACCUGCUGGUCAAUAGCCAUCCUGAUCAUUACUGAGCUAUAUCCUUUCCAGCAGAUCUGGAUGGCUAAAAUAGCUAGUUAAAUCUUUGAUGGCAGCAUUACAUUUUUUCCAGAAAUAAUUUUUCAGUCUUUUUCCAUCAAUAACGCAAAAGACAAGAAUAAUACCAUACAGGCUUUUGCAAUUCAGCUAACGCUGCAUCUUUUCUUCUGCAGUGGCCAGUGGGGGAUGUUCAUGAAAACCUAUCAAUACAGGUCAUACAAAGUGCUACUUGUGCACCCUUGUGCACACAUCCAGAGGUGUGAUUUGGAAUUCAGAAGCUUCCAGAGCAAAACUUGGUAGCUUUGUAAAGAGAAGGAUAUCCCCACAAAAAAUGUCAAAGACUUCGGCAUGGAAUACAUUACAAAGAAGUCAGUAAGAAACAGAAACUUUAUUAUUCCUGAAAUAAAUCCAACAUGUUAAAUUAGGAAACUUAUGCAACUGAUUAUAUCCUACCAGUAUAAGUAGUAUCAAAGAGCAGUAUUUUUUUUCUGAACAUCUCAUGCCAUCUCAUUUUCAGAAUGUCAAUUAAGGACAAAAAUAAUAGAAAGCCCUUAUGAUAAGUGAAGAUGAAAUCCAGAGUUAAAUUUGCAACAAAUCUGGAAUUCCCCUUUGAUCAUUCUAAGGCAAUGGCUGCACAUUUUUAUCACACCAAACAAGCCAUAAUAAAGAGCAACAGCAAUAACAGAAAGAAAUCCUGUGACAUUCCACGACAAUGCUUUUGAAAAGUUACAAUAUCACAACCUUUUAAUGUAAGCACACGUAUUAAAUAUGCACAUGGCUCCAUGCGUAGGUGAUGUGGUGUGACAUCAAGUGGUAUCUGAAAAGAAGGUUUUCAAAAACUUGCAGGAAAGAUCUUAAAUUUUAAUAGGACUUUCAGUGCAAAGAACUACUGAGGUGUGCAAAAAAGGAUUCGAGAAACAUGUCAUUUAUGGCUCUGCUCCCUAGCACAACUUUACUGAAAUCAAAGGCCUUUGCUCAAGAGCAACUUCUUCCCCUAGCUGCAGAAGUUUGCAAAAUAGCUGACUUUUCUAGAAUUGGGCAGGUUUGUAUUAACAAAUAAACUAACCAAUUGACUUCUGAAUGUAGGUCACAACACUCAUUCCUUAGGUGGCUGGCCUAUUUUUAUCUUAUUUGAAAGGGCAAGAACAAAAAAGAAGAGCUAACUGGUCAUACUUCUCAGCUCUGAAGUGUUUUUCCCCAUGGGAGUGAUACAUUAAAAUAUCACCGAUAUCACCACAGGAAUGAUUCCUUAUUUGUAACAAAUCUUCAAUUCCCUAGUUCUUAUUUAAAAAACAAACACACAAGUCUAAACUGAUAGAUCAAAGCCUUUGGAACCAAAACUCUGUAACUACCCUUGCAUUACUGCAACCUGCAUAUGAGAGUGAGGUUUCAGGAGACCAAUGAUCUGCUCAAAAGGUCUCACCCCAGAUAGCCCAUUCCUAUAACAGAAAUAGUACAGAGCUAAAACGGGCUCCACUGCAGUCAAGAAUAGCUUAGCAGUGGUAGAAGCAGACAUCUCCUCCAUGUACUUUGUAAUAAUGUCUUUGCAACUCUAAGCUACUCAUCUCAAGACUUCUUUUUUCAAAUAGCUGUGUUUUUUUUGUUAUGUUUUGGUUUUUAAUUCUGCAAGAAAGUCUGUUUUCCAAGAUGCAACUAUAUUCGAUCAAGUGGCUGAAAAAAAAAUGAGCCUGGAACACCAUAAAUAUUACCCUAUUAUCCUAUUAUCCUGACUGUGAUUAAAUCAGAAUUAUACAUUAAAAUAAUUUGUAGACUGUGGCAUCCCUGGCAAUAAGGAUGGCUGUCAAACUGAAAUCCAAUGGAACUUCAACUGCACCUUAAACACUGUAUCAGUGGCAAAUACUUCAAGGUAAUAUUAUUACUAGGUGUCUUAUACUACAGUAAUGUUUCAAGCUCUUUCACACAGAUCUGUUCAGAUAAAAGAUGUAAUGCUGGCAUUACAUUUGCCAAAACUGCCAUUUGCAAUUAAAAAUUAAAACUGGCACUCUUUCUAUGCAGGCAAUUAUCUAAACGCAGCUGGCAAUCUGCCUUGUUUACAGCGCUGCUGUGUCAUGACUACACUCCGUUUGGAAAUUUACCACCUUUUUUUUUUUUUAAGGUUUAAACUUCUCAGCUGUAUUUCCAACUUGAACUUUUCUGGUUUUAAAGAUUUCUAUCACAAACUCAAACAAAAAAAGUCCGAAACUAUAAUUUGCAUAUUUUGUAUGGCAACUUCAGGCACUGACAUAAAACGAUUCCUAGUACAUAUUUUGGUGGUUGUUGCAACACUAAUUUACAUCCAUCUAGGCCACAGGAAAACAACUGUAAGGACCCAGACAGCAAAAUGUACCAAAUAAAUGCCCUCCAAGAAGAACAUUUUGGGUGUAAGAGUUGAUUUUCAGAGUAAAGCAGGUAUAAUGGGAAGAUCCUCUAAGUGGACAAAAAUCCUUUUACUGAAUAAUAUAUGACAUUAAGCAUAUUUCUACUACUUGCUAUCUAUAGUAAUUGUCAUCUUCUAAAUCAAUCUAUCCACAAAGUAUCUUAUUAAUCACACCGCCAUGUUUUUGGCACCUUUUUACUUACAACAGCUGCUAUUAAAGUAAGAUUUGAGGGUUCCCCUACUGCUGGGAGAGGAGCACUCUUUACGCUGUCAAACAGCUUUUAGGGAAGAGUUCAUUUUUUAGCCAAGAUGCUGCAGCCGCUAGCUUGAUGUCCGUGACUACCAUGGACCAAAUACAGUUACUUACAGCAUAUCAGUUAAAUAUUCUGAUUCGUUUAUGAUGUAUUUCCUAUAGUCAGACAUAACAAUAAAUUGUAUUAUAUCCCCAAUACAGUAAUGCUUAACUUCCUUCCUCUGUAACUGAUCACGUUUUCACCCAUAAAUAUGAUCCACUGUCACAACUCCUUGGCAGAUAUUGUUGCAUGUUUUGCUCAGCCAUCGAAAAGGAUUUUGAGUAGGGCCUUUCCCCCGAAUAUUACCAAAACCCAUAAAAAUGGAAGAUUACUACUGAACUGAGGAGCAUGGCUAACCUCCAGGAUACUGCAAGCAGUGCGGCCACGGGUCCCCUUGCACAGGUGUCCCGGGCGAGCCUCUUGAAGUUAAACCAGCACAAGCUUCACAGCGCGGUGACAGUACCGCUCUCCACUGAGCGAUGGGACGGAACAUACAUUUCCGUCACGAGCUUUUUCAGGAUGAGUGCGACAGGAACCGUCACUUGCUAAGAUCAAAGCUCAGCAGCGGCAGGCACCGGCGGAAAAGCCGCCGGCGCGGCGGCCGCUCGCUGCGCCCUGCCAGCGGCAGGUGGCCGCACCUGAGGCGCAGCAUCCCGCGGCGAGCACCCGCGUGGGAAGGCGCCGUCACCCGCACUCCCUGCGAGGCGGGGACCAGGCGCGCCCGGAAAACACUCUGGAGGCAGAACCGAGCGCUGCGGCCCCGCGGCGGUAACUUUUCAAACCGCGCAGCGCUCGGUGUCCGCCCGGCAGGACAGGCGCUGCGGAUGCCGCCGGCGCACCCACUGUGCCCCGCGGUCGCGGGGGGACCCGGCAGCCGCCGGCACCCCUCGCUCCGUCUAAUCUCAGGCCGGCGUGUGGCAUCAGCGGGAGCGCCGCUCAGCCUCCCGCAGCGCAAACCGGCUGCCUCGGGCGCCCGGGAGACCGGCGGGCAUGUGCUCCACGCCGUGCUCCCCGCCCGUUCUCUGCCGGGUGAACCGAGCUUUUCCCCCAUCACCUCCCACCUAGGGCUGCGCGGGAUUUCCCGCCGCCCGCGGAGAGCCGCGCCGCAGGUGGCAGCGGCUCCUGCGCCUCCUCUGACUCCUCCGGGCACUUUGGGCGCGACUCGCGGGGUAUUCGUCCUCCCCGUGUCCCGGCACGGAGGGAUGCCCGGGGACAGGAGGGGCAGGGGGGAGGUACGCGCCGCGCCGUGCGGCGGGGCGCUGCUCAGGACAGGUGGGGGCGGCAGCCCGUGGAACGAACGGGAGGGGUCGGGACAGGGCAGGACGCGACGGGACGGGAGGAGAGGGGAGCGGGUCGGUACUCACACGAAGGCGUGAUAGACGAAGGCCCAUCCGCGGGGCCGCUCCAGCACGUUGUACAGGUAGUUCUGCAGGCGGCGGUACUUGGCGUUCCUGCGGCAGCUCGGUCCGCU